AUCACCAAGUCAAGCAAAAAAAGUGGAUAUCAAAAAAGUAGUUAAAAUAGAUGAUUUACAAGCUAGGCUUGCACAAAAUCGCAAAGAAAGAGAAGAAGCUAAAUAUAAAACGAAAAGAGUCUUAGAUUCCAACUAA